AUGGCUACUAACUCUCGAUGCAAUCGCGGUGGCCAGGAUGAUCCUGUUCCUAGCCCGACUCAUGAGACACAAAUUGUUGAUGGUGUGCUACGCUGGCCUCCUACUGGGCUGAAAGUGGUCAUCAUUGGCGGCGGUCCUGCCGGCCUUCUGGCAGCGCUUGAGUGCUGGCGAAAGGGGCACGAGGUUGAGGUUGUGGAGAGGAGCCAAGCCAUUUCAACGAUUGAUCUGACGGUACGCCUGUUGCUCCUCCGUUCGAGGCGGAAUAUAACCGAGACGACGUCCCACACCAUGCUGCCUGGCCCUUGA